UCUAGGUUCCUUUCAAGUUUCAAGGGACGCUCUACCCUCUCCCUGGUUGUUUUCUAUUUACACUUCCUUCUUUCAUUGAUAUUGGAACAGUUCAUCCCGUACUGGACUGCUCUGUGUUCCGAUAUUAUAAGCUGUAAGACCCUACAUACAUCUCCGUCCUCGUCUCUCCAGCAACCAUGAUCACCGGCAAGGACAUCUACGAUGUGUUGGCAGCAAUUGUACCACUCUAUGUUGCCAUGAUCCUUGCCUACGGUUCAGUUCGGUGGUGGAAGAUCUUCACCCCCGAUCAAUGCUCCGGCAUCAACCGCUUUGUGGCAGUAUUCGCCGUCCCCCUCCUUUCCUUUCACUUCAUCUCCAACAACGACCCUUACGCCAUGAACUACCGCUUCAUUGCAGCAGACUCUCUGCAAAAGAUUGUGAUCCUCUUUGCUCUAUUCCUCUGGCAGGCCUUCAGCAAGAAUGGUAGCCUUGAAUGGAUGAUCACCCUCUUCUCCCUUUCCACUCUCCCCAACACUCUUGUCAUGGGCAUUCCCCUCCUUAAGGCCAUGUAUGGAGAGUUCUCUGGGACUCUCAUGGUGCAAAUUGUGGUGUUGCAGAGUGUGAUCUGGUAUACUCUUAUGCUCUUCAUGUUUGAAUACAGAGGUGCAAAGCUCCUCAUCGGAGAACAGUUCCCAGAAACUGCUGGCUCCAUCACUUCCUUCAAGGUUGACUCCGACGUUGUUUCACUUAAUGGUCGAGAGCCAUUGCAGGCCGAUGCUGAGAUCGGAGAUGACGGGAAGCUCCAUGUGGUCGUAAGGAGAUCGACAACAACGUCGGUGAUAUCUUCUUACAACAAAUCCCAUGGACUAAAUUCAAUCUCAAUGACCCCAAGAGCGUCCAACCUCACUGGCGUCGAGAUCUACUCGGUCCAGUCGUCCCGAGAGCCAACGCCAAGGGCUUCGAGCUUCAACCAGACCGACUUCUAUGCCAUGUUUGCGAGUAAGAUGCCGAGUCCAAAGCACGGUCACAGUCACACAAACAGUUUUCAAGGUGGCGCUGGGGAAGUUUAUUCCGUGCAGUCCUCGAGAGGGGCAACGCCGAGGGCCUCGAAUUUUGAGGAGGAGAUGAGGUUCGGGAAGAGGAAAGGAGGGAGGAGUAUGAGUGGCGAGCUCUUCAAUGGAUUGCCUUCUUCUUACCCACCUCCGAACCCAAUGUUUUCAGGGUCAACCAGUGGCGCCAAGAAGAAGGAAGCUACUGGUGGUGGUGGUGGUGGUGCGCCUAAUAAUAAGGAACUCCACAUGUUUGUUUGGAGCUCAAGUGCAUCACCAGUUUCAGAAGGAAAUCUCAAACAUGUCGUUAAUAAAGCUACUUCUACUGAUUUUGGGGUGGUUGAUUCUUCCAAAGCCGUUCUUCAACAAGAAAUAGCUGCUUCAAGAGGUAUGCAUGAUUUCAAUGAAAAUGCUAGCCCACUUACAAAAAUGGGGAGAGAUAGAGAGUUUGACAUAGAAGAUGUUCCCAAGAAUCCGGCAGCUGGAUCUCCCCAUUUGAGCCAGAAGAAGGUUGAAUUAGGAGGAGAGGGUGAAAAGAAACACCAGAUGCCCCCUGCAAGUGUCAUGACCAGACUCAUUCUUAUCAUGGUUUGGAGGAAGCUUAUAAGGAAUCCAAACACUUACUCAAGUCUCUUUGGGCUGGUGUGGUCCCUAAUAUCUUUCAGAUGGAACAUUCAAAUGCCUUCAAUUGUGAGAGGGUCGAUAACCAUAUUAUCUAAUGCUGGCCUGGGGAUGGCUAUGUUUAGUCUAGGCUUGUUCAUGGCUCUGCAACCAAAAAUCAUAGCUUGUGGCAAAACCAUAGCCACAUUUUCCAUGGCAGUUAGGUUUUUGACAGGGCCAGCAGUAAUGGCAGCGACUGCAAUCACUAUUGGUAUUAGGGGAGUUCUAUUGCAUGUUGCAAUUGUUCAGGCCGCUCUUCCGCAAGGGAUUGUCCCCUUCGUGUUUGCAAAAGAAUAUAAUGUUCAUCCUGACAUACUUAGCACCGCGGUCAUUUUUGGAAUGCUGGUUGCACUACCCAUAACAAUACUCUACUACGUUCUUCUCGGUUUCUAAAGGAAGUUUUGGGAAGAGAAGACAGAUCAGCAGAGGAGAAGACACACGUUGAAACAGAUACCAUUUCAUCACUAAGACAGGCUGAGGUAAUUAGAUGACAAAUUGGUCUAAAAUAGACCAUGGGUUUCAGUGUACAACUUGGUCUUAUGUGCUUCAGUGCAUGUGACCGUUGGGUUUUGAAAAUACCAACAGCUUCUAAUUUUUUAAAUACUUGUCGCCAAUUUUUUACUUUUGAGUAUCUUUCUCGGUCAGUCAUGUAGAGAGUGAUUAAAAAAAAAAAAACUAUGGAAA